AUGAAAAUUGAAGUGUUUGAUGAUUUCAAUCCAAGCCUGAAUUGCUACUUGGCGAGGCCUUUCAUAGAUCGAAGUGGAUUUGUCAAGUCGAGGACCUGUUGUCAGGGAGUUCUUUAUGAUGAUAAAAUGUAUAUUUAUGGAGGCACUCCUCAUCCAAAUGGUGUAGACUUUUAUUCCGAUAUUGUGCAAUAUAUUGAUUUAAAAACAAUCAACUAUGAGUCGGGAGAGAUGGAUAUGCGUGAAGUAUCAAUCCAACAACCAGGAAUGAUGCCUGAGGGAAGAAUAUUUCAUUCAUUGAUUUGUGAUGAUCAAUCAAGCAAAGAAAGGCCUGCAUCAAUGAUUGUGUUUGGCGGAUUCACCAAUGGAAGAAGAUUAUUGUCCAAUUGUUUUUCAUUUCAAUUUGAAAACAAAAUAUGGAAGAAAAACUCAAAUGGGCCGUGUUUGGAAGGAAACUAUAAGCAUUUUGAGAACUCAACCUAUGAAUAUGACGUUGUUAAGGAUGCAUGGACCAAAUUGAAUAUUGAAAAUAUGUCUCUGGUACCACCUCUAGCUUAUCAUAGAGCUGUAUAUGUCGAAGAAUUGGAUUUGAUGGUUGUUCAUGGCGGAAAAACGAAGCCAGGAACAACAGCAAUUUUAUCGUCCAAUGUUUACAUUCUCAACUUGACGACUAUGAGAUGGCAUGUGUUAAAUCAACGCCCAAUGGCUUUUGACAAUAGCAAUGAUACUACGAUAUUACCUAGCUCCAAUUUAACUCUUCCAAAAACCAUGGCCCAACAAUCUAUUUGUAUUGGAAACUCUAUUAUUUUCUUUGGAGGAGAAACAGAAGAUAGCGAUAUUCCAUGCAAACAAUUAUUUGUAAUUAAUUUAGAAACAUUAGAAAUUAUUGAAUAUUGUCCAUACCAACAUGAAUCUGGCUUAUUACAAAAGAAAUAUAUUGACAAAACCUACACGGAACUAGAAGCAAAUGUGGUUCCACCCCUGUACGACAGUGCAUAUAUUUAUGACAAAAAGAGCUCAAAUAUAUUUGUAUAUGGCGGACGAUUAUUUUCGCUUGACAUCCUUUUCAUGGUGGCUAUGCAUGUUAGCGAAACAGACUGUACUGAAAGUUCAUCAUUUGAUUAUUGGAAAAACCACAUCUCCUCACAUACACUUACUUCAUACCUCCAAGCAUACUUUUGCGAUCCACAAACAUCAGAGAACACUUUUUAUGACGAAUUGGCGCAUACAUCCUACAAUGUACAUCCUUUAAUAAUUGAAAAAUAUCCUAAAAUUUUGACGUCAAACAUUGAUAAGCGAUUGUUGAAACUUUUUCUAAAAUUUUUACAUGGAUACAACAUAAUAUUCGAAAUAGAAUCAAGUAAGGAACUUGUUUCUUUAUUAGAAUGCUCAAAAAGUGUAGGAAUGGGAGAUAUUUUAACCGAAUGGAGUCUUCCAUAUUUACAGCGACUUUUAUUAAGUGACUCCUCUUUGGACUUCUCUUCUGGCAUUUCUACAAUUCCUCAAAUUGAAAAUCUAAUUAAGGAUAUGCAAAACAAUACUAUUUCACAAGCCUAUAAGGUCAAACACAUACACUACUUUAUUCACAACUUUUUCAAAGAGAGGCGAAAGUUGGUUGCUGCCAAUUUAGCAGGCGAUUUUAGAUUGAAAAUUAAGGACCGCGAGAAUGACAUUUUCAGAGUUGAUAAGACACUAUUAUUAACAUAUGAUUUCUUCAAAACAAUAAUUGAAACACCUCUCAGAGCUGAAACAGAAAGUUUUGAUGAAAUCACUCUUGAACCGCUUCCCCAAUCUCCUCUCAACUCCAAAAUACUUUCCUGCAUUCUGGAUCAUGUGUAUGGCAUUGAUUUUGAAUACCAUCCCGAAACUUGGCCUCUCGAAGAGCUACUAAGUCUCUAUGUGUAUGCCGAUUUCUAUUGCAUUUCACAUCUUGCGCAAUCCUUGAACAAAAUCAUCUUUGGUCUCAUUGAUUCAUCGAAUGCAAAAAUAAUUUUGGAACAAAUAGGACCAUUAUCAGACGAUAUUACCCAUCAAUGCUGCUUCCUCCUUUCUUCUUCAGCACAGGAUUGA